AAAAUGUCACAAAUUCACCACCGCAGUAGAUGUCAAAACUUAUGGUACUAUUUAUUAUAUUCAUAUUGGGACGAAGCACAAGUUCAAUCAAAUUUUUGAGCGACAAAGGAAUCGUAGAUAUGCGUUUCACAUGUGUAAACAACUUCACACGUACAAUCUACUUACCUCUUGGUGUACGAAAAAUGGAAAGUAUCGUUUUGUUUAUAUCAACAACAUUUGUUUUGCCUCAAUGCAAAAUUAAAUUCUAUACAUAUCCUGCGAACAAUAUAGGAAUAAUACUUGUGAUAGACUUGUUGGAAGGAUCUUUGGUGGAAGGAGAACUAUUUGUGUAGCAAGAUAACGACAUCAUAGAUGUAAGCAAACAAUCAUGGGAAAGCACAAUACUCUACAGGUAUCCAGAAUUCUCAAGAAACAUAUCUCUCAUAGUAAACUUGAGAGACAGGCAUGAUAGAAGCUUAAAAGUGAUAGCAACUUCUGUGGAACUUGUUAACAGUGGUUCAGAAUGUGGUGAUCAUACACUCGGUUUUACUUUAAGUAACAAAACUGUAUGUUUAAGUAAGGAGUUGGAGUGUGAUGGCAACCCUAAUUGUGGAGUAGAACUGAAAUUCGAUGAGGAUAGCAUUAUAUGCAGAAGUAAGUUUUCCAAGAAAUGGACGUCAAGUAAGAAACGGGGAAUAAGAAAAGU